AUGACUGAGAAGGUUCGCGUCUCUCAUAUUUUAUAUAUGAUUGAGAAGCUCAAGGCUGAUAAAAGUCUUUUCCCCGAGAUGGCCAUGGCAAGGAGCGAUUGUGGUUCGUAUAAGAACGGCGGGGAUCUUGGAUAUUUCGAUAGGGGUGAAAUGCAACGGCCCUUUGAGGAAGCCGCCUUCAGUCUGGAGGUUGGCGAGCUGAGUGGACCCGUGGAAACAGAGUCUGGGGUCCACGUGCUCCUCCGCACCGGUUGA